AGUACUGGGAUUAACGGCAUGAGUCAUCACCAUGAGCCUGGCCUCCAGAGGCUUAACUUUGCCUCUGAUCUUCAGGCAAGCUUUACUUGUUAAAACACAGAGAAAAUAUCACUACACAUUAUGUUGAUUAUGCUGGGUUACGGUGAGGACUUCAUGGUGAACCGCAGUCAGAGGAAGACAACUCAGGGUCGAGGUCACAGCCUGAGUCAAGAGUAGGCAGAAAGAGAUGGGUGCAGUUGGGCUUGUUGCUUUUAUAAUAACAGGACCUCUACCAGAAAAACACCUUCUUAUCCUCAGUGACUUAGGUCUUCCAGGCAGGUCCUAUCUUCCCAUCAUUCCAUGGUCUCCCAUUGGAACCCAAACAACUCCCAAUGAAUCCUAGGGGCCACAAGCCAUAUUCAAACCACAUCACCCUCCUAAACUUCAUUUUAGUCCACUUAGAAUUCCUGGAGAUUUAAAUAGAUCUCCUACAGGUACGAGAGACUCCAAGUCAGCAGUAAAAAGCUUGGCCAACUGGACAGGAAGGUUUGUUUAUACGCCUCUCUGAACCAACCGAGGGUCUCAUUCCAAACACUUCAGCGUCCCAGUGAUUGAAAUUAAAGGGUCCCUGGGCAGGCAUAGCACCAUGCUCCAUAGGGCUUCCCACGCCACGCUCGUUUCUCACUUCUUAUCCUACAAUACCCGUGUUUUACAUGGUGGCAACUGUGUGUGUGUGUACACGCGUGCACCUGUCUCCGAAGAGCCCAUUCUUCCGCCAUAGUCUAUGCAGUUCUUUUUUAAAGUUGUCUCUUGGGAUGGCUGCUGUUGUAGGGCUGUCUAUGUCCAAGGCUUGCAGCCAGGAGACACAGUGGGAGGUGGCAGCUGCUAAAGCGCUCAGAGUGAAUGUGUGCGCAAACAGCGCACUAACACGGUCCACUGGGGAGAAGGGAAAGGACAGAGGCAUUCAGAGGGUCCCCAGAGUCACCAUCAGACACCUAGGCGAGGCAGGGUUUUUUCACAGAUGUACCUUUGUCAAGGUACUAGGUCUAGAGCAGGCCAAAGGCAUCUCCUAGGCCCCGCCCCUCGCGUUCGCCCCGCCCCACCCCGGCGCGCGCAUCUGAAAGUGAAAGCGCAUUAGGCCUCUCGGCGCUCGCUCUCUCUGGUCUGGCCGCCCGCGCCUGGCUGGGUUCCUUGCUGUGGCUCGAGUGGCGGGCGGGCAGGAUGGCGGAGCCGCAGGGCGCCGCGAGCGGGGACGUGUCGCUUCACAACUUCAGCGCAAGGCUCUGGGAGCAGCUCGUCCACUUCCACGUCAUGCGGCUGACAGACUCGCUCUUCCUGUGGGUGGGAGCAACGCCGCAUCUACGCAACCUCGCAGUGGCCAUGUGCAGCCGCUACCCAGGAAGACCAGUAAACAGGUGUUUGUCAGCUACAACCUCUCCAACACAGACAGCAACUUCACGUUACUCGUAG